CUUUCACUUACUCUGAAUCCAGCUGAAGAAGAAGCAGAGAAGAAAGCAAUCCGUUCUUCAGUAAAGUAACAGCUGAAGUUCAGAGAACAACAACCCUUCAGGCUUCAGAACCAAAAUUGGAACUAGCCAUGAAAGCUCCUUCAGUUGGAGAGCUUCUCUUGGUGUUCAUAGCCUGCUCUUGCUGUGCACAUGUCGUCUGCAGCUCGUUGCCUGGAAAUGAGACAGACAGACUGUCACUGCUUGAGUUCAAGAAGGCGAUCAGUGGUGAUCCACAGCAAUCCCUGAAUUCUUGGAAUGAAAGCACCCACUUCUGCAGUUGAGAGGACGUCUUGUGCAGGGCGAAAGCUCCACUCCGUGUCACUUCUCUGAACCUGACAGAUUGUGGUUUAGCAGGCAAUAUCUCUCCAUCAAUUGCCAACCUGACAUUCCUAAAGUCUCUUUCUCUGGGUAAAAAUUCAUUCUUUGGAGAAAUCCCUGCAUCACUUGGCCACCUGCAUCGCCUACAAACUCUUGUUUUGAGUUACAACAAAUUGCAAGGGAGGAUACCUGAUCUGGCAAACUGUUCUAACCUCAGGUCCCUAUGGCUUGAUCGCAAUAAUCUUGUCGGAAAAAUUCCAAAUUUGCCGCCUCGGCUUCAAGAGCUUAUGCUUCAUGUUAACAACCUGAGUGGAACUAUCCCUCCUUCUUUGGGCAAUAUCACAACGCUAACUAAGUUUGGUUGUGCAUUUAACAAUAUUGAGGGUAACAUCCCAACUGAAUUUGAAAGGUUGCCUGGGCUUCAGUAUUUAUCAGUCAAUACCAAUAAGUUGGCAGGUUGGUUUCAACUAGCCAUCCUAAAUAUUUCCACUCUUGUUACUCUUGAUCUUGGUGCGAAUAAUCUACGGGGGGAGGUACCAUCUAAUCUUGGAAACUCUUUGCCCAACCUCCAGUAUCUCAUAUUGUCAGACAACUUCUUUCAUGGGCAUUUCCCUUCUUCAUUGAUAAAUUCUUCCAAGCUGAACCUUAUUGACAUGGCAGAGAAUAAUUUCACUGGGGUGAUCCCUAGCUCCAUUGGAAAGCUUGCAAAACUCAACGUUUUGAGUCUUCAGUUGAAUCAAUUUCAAGCUGGCACCAAGAAAGAGUGGGAGUUCAUGGAUAGCCUGGCCAAUUGUACUGAGCUAGAAGUUUUCUCCGUAGCGAGAAAUCAUUUACAAGGCCAAGUACCAAGCUCACUAAGUAAUAUUUCUUCUCAGCUUCAGUAUCUAUAUUUAGGGAAAAAUCAACUAUCUGGAGGUUUUCCUUCUGGAAUAGCAAAAUUCCACAACCUAAUUAUUUUAGGAUUGGAUCACAAUCAAUUUACAGGUGUUGUUCCAGAGUGGCUUGGAACUCUUCAAGCAUUACAAAAAUUAAGCUUGCUUGACAACAACUUCAUAGGGUUUCUUCCAACCUCCCUUUCAAAUUUGUCUCAAUUGAGUGAACUCUUUUUGGGCUCUAACAAAUUUGACGGGAACAUACCACUAGGCUUGGGUGACCUCCAAAUGCUUCAAGUAUUGAGUAUUUCCAACAACAAUAUUCAAGGUAGGGUACCCAAGGAGAUCUUCAACCUUCCAACAAUAACGGAAAUUGAUUUAUCGUUCAACAAGCUAUUUGGGCAACUUCCUACUGAAAUAGGCAAUGCCAAACAACUUGCAUCUUUAGAGCUUUCCUCCAAUAAGUUAUUUUGGUGAUAUACCAAAUACUUUGAGCAAUUGUGAAAGUCUAGAAGACAUCAGGUUGGAUAGAAAUGCUUUUACUGGAAUCAUCCCUACUUCAUUAGGCAACAUAAGAAGCUUAAAAGUUCUCAACUUGUCUCACAAUAAAUUAACUGGAUCAAUACCAGUAUCGCUUGGCAACCUACAGCUUCUUGAGCAACUUGAUUUGUCAUUCAACCAUCUUAAGGGCAAGGUCCCGACAAAUGGUGUUUUCAUGAAUGAAACUGCCAUACAGAUUGAUGGAAAAUCAUGGGCUCUGUGGUGGAGCAAUGGAGUUGCACCUACCAGAAUGUUCUAUGACUCCAAAUCCAACCAAAUCUAAGCAAUUUAUGGUACUCAAAAUUGUGAUCCCAACAACAAGCAUCAUAUUACUUGCUAUAGAACAACCAUAUCUAUCAUGUUGCUCAGGAGGAGAAAACAUGAAGGGAAUAGCACAUCUUUGCCUUCGUUUGGUAGAAAGUUUCCAAAAGUUCCCUACAAUGAGCUUGCUGAGGCAACUGAAGGGUUCUCCGAGUCCAAUUUAAUUGGCAAAGGAAGAUAUGGUUAUGUUUAUCGAGGAAACCUGUUUCAAGGCACAAAUGUAGUUGCGAUCAAAGUUUUCAAUCUAGAGACAAUGGGGGCACAAAAGAGCUUCAUCGCAGAAUGUAAUGCUUUGAGAAAUGUGCGACAUCGUAAUCUAGUUCCAAUUCUAACUGCUUGCUCAAGCAUUGAUCCCAAUGGAAAUGAUUUCAAAGCUUUGGUCUAUGAGUUCAUGCCAAUGGGAGACUUGUAUAACCUACUAUACGCACCUCAAUGUGAUUCAAAUUUGAGACACAUUACACUAGCUCAAAGGAUUGGAAUAGUGGCAGAUGUAGCAGACGCGAUGGACUACCUCCACCAUAACAACCAAGGUACUAUUGUUCAUUGUGAUUUGAAGCCAAGCAAAAUUCUUCUCGAUGAUAAUAUGACGGCUCAUGUUGGAGACUUCGGCCUGGUAAGAUUCAAUUUUGGUUCCACAACAGCAUCUCUCGGAGACACGAACUCAACUUCUUCUGCUGCGAUAAAGGGAACAAUUGGAUAUAUUGCUCCAGAAUGUGCAGGGGGUGGCCAGGUUUCAACUGCUGCAGAUGUCUAUAGCUUUGGAGUUGUUCUCCUCGAGAUAUUCAUAAGGAGGAGGCCAACAGAUGACAUGUUCAAGGAUGGAUUGACCAUUGCAAAGUUCACAGAGAUCAACAUCCCUGAUAAGAUGCAGGAUAUUGUUGAUCCUCAGCUGGCUCAAGAGCUGGGUCUAUGCGAAGAAGCUCCAAUGGCUGAUGAAGAAAGUGGAGCGCGUUGCCUGCUUUCUGUGCUUAAUAUUGGACUAUGUUGCACUCGAUUGGCACCAAACGAGCGCAUCAGUAUGAAGGAGGUGGCUUCCAAGAUGCAUGGAAUCAGAGGUGCAUAUCUCAGAUGAUACUAAAUUAAAGGCUAAAGCAGCAAUAUGCUACUUUGUGAUAUUCUGUUUUGUUCAAUUUUUUUAAGCGUUUGUGUGUACUUUUUAAUGAGAUCAACAUUGUUUUUAGUGAUAUUUUAUCCUUGAAGGUACACUGAGAGUUACUUCUAUAGUGUAAGUUUUGGCUCGUAUUCCGACCAUCACAAAAUAUAGCUACUUGUAGUGUUCAGAUUUUGUCCUAAAAUAUAGUUAUUUCUCCAUUUCCUACCUCAUUUCAACCAUUUACAACCAUCUCUUAUUUAAUUUCUCCACUUACUUUCUCAUCUCAACCAAUCAUAUCCCUUCACUCAUUUAGUUUCACAUAUCUCCUUAAUCCCUGUGAAAUAUUC